AUGUCGCCCCUGACCAUGCCUCCGAUGGGUGUAGAUGGCGUGUCCGCAUACCUGAUGAAAAAAAGACACACUCACAGGAAGCAGCGGCGUAAGCCCACUUUUCUCACCCGUAAAAACAUCGUGGGCUGCCGCAUUCAACACGGCUGGAAGGAAGGAAAUGAGCCCGAGGAACAGUGGAAGGGCACUGUACUUGAGCAGGUUUCCGUGAAGCCCACUCUCUACAUAAUCAAAUAUGACGGCAAAGAUAGUGUGUAUGGAUUAGAACUGCUACUUGAUAAGAGAGUUUUGGCACUAGAAAUCCUUCCUGAGAGACUGCCAACUCCUCGCAUCGAUUAACGCUUGGCAGAUUCCUUGAUAGGGAAAGCAGUGGGGCAUGUGUUUGAGGGCGAGCAAGGCAGCAAAAAUGAAUGGAAAGGCAUGGUCCUGGGGCGAGCCCCCGUGAUGGACACUUGGUUUUACAUCACCUACGAGAAAGAUCCGGUCCUCUACAUGUACACACUUCUGGAUGACUACAAAGAUGGUGACCUGCGCAUCAUUCCAGAUUCCAACUACUAUUUCCCUAUGGCAGAACGAGAGCCAGGAGAGGUGGUAGACAACCUCGUGGGCAAACAGGUGGAGCAUGCCAAAGAUGAUGGGUCGAAGAGAACAGGCAUUUUCAUCCAUCAAGUUGUGGCCAAGCCGUCAGUCUACUUCAUUAAGUUUGAUGAUGAUAUUCACAUUUAUGUAUAUGGUUUAGUGAAAACUCCAUAA